CUUCAUACUAGUUGGAGUGUGCAGGACAUAGUUUUAAAAAUAAAUAGGGCGCUAAAGGCCUUAUCAGCCGAGCUCUUAUAUAUAGCUGUGCCAUAGCGCACUAUUUAAAAUGUUUGUUCAUAUGUUUGGACGAAAAGUUUUUACCGGAGGACAUCUUCUCAAGGCUAUAGGGUGGUAUAGCGGAGCUAUAGCGUGCUAUUUAAAAGCAUGGUGCAAGAUGAGCGACUCCUCCCUUGCUCCGCCCGCGGUAUCCAUGGAGCUGCAUGCUGGCAACCGCGAGCGCCUCGUCGCCGCGCUUAGAGCUCAUCUCUCAGCCUCCGGCCGCCCUCUCCGCGGCCUCGUCCUUCUCAAGGGCGGCGAGGAGCAGACUCUUUACUGCACCGACCGCGUCCCGCUCUUCAGGCAGGAGAGCUACUUCGCCUAUCUCUUCGGUGUGCGACAGCUGGGGUUUUACGAUGCAGUGGACAUUGCCUCUGGACAAUUCAUCUUAUUUGCUCCAAGGUUGACACUUGACGACGCAGUUUGGAAUGGUGAAAAAGAAUUGUCUUCUUUCAAGGAUAUGUACAAGGUCGAUUUUGUCUUCUAUGUUGAUGAGCUUGCACAGGUUCUCCAAUGUAAAUUUAGUGAGCAUGGAGAGCCCCUUCUCUUUCUCUUGUACGGAAAGAAUACUGACAGUGGAAAUUACUCAAAGCCUGCUAGUUUUGAGGGGAUAGAGAAGUUUGACACUGAUUUAAGCACGCUUCAUCCUAUCUUAAAUGAAUGUCGUGUUAUAAAAUCUGACAUGGAGCUUGCCUUCAUUCAAUAUGCUAAUGAUGUCAGCUCCAAAGCACACAUUGAGGUUAUGAGGCAGAUAAAACCAGGCAUGAAGGAAUAUCAGUUAGAAAGCAUCUUUAUUCAUCAUGCAUCUAUGCACGAAGGCUGCCGACAUUGCUCCUACACAUGUAUAUGUGCUACUGGACACAACAGUUCUACUCUUCAUUAUGGACAUGCGGGAGCUCCAAAUGACCAGGUACACUUUUUUAUGAUGCUUAUGGCAUGCAGCUUACUUGUUGGUGUUAUUUUUACUUGCUCGAGCUUGUAAAUCGCACCAGCGAAAAAAUUCAGAUUAUGUUGUCGA